CGCCGGUGCGGGCAUUAGGCAUCACUUGGAGCGAACACACUUUCCGGUCCCUGAGCACUGACACAGACAGCAGACAAUCCCGAUACUCUGAAUCUUGAGCUGUUUGCUGUUCCAGCGGAAAACAGUCACAAUUGGAAUCCAACAUGAUGGUCCCAGUGCUCCUCUUCCUGCUGCUUCCUGUGGCAAUACUCUCACUUCCUGUGACAAAGUAUCAGCCAAUGGAUUGUGAGGAUGUCUACUACAAUGGCUCUACACAGAGUGGGGUGUACACCAUCUUCCCUGCUGGACAGCAUUCUCCUGUCCAGGCCUACUGUGACAUGGGCUGUAAGGAAGACAGUGAUGGAGGAAGGUGGACAGUGAUUCAAAGGAGGAUGGAUGGCUCUGUGAACUUCUACAGACCCUGGGAGCAGUACAAGAGCGGCUUUGGGAAUGUAUCUGGAGAGUACUGGCUGGGACUGGAGAACAUCUUCCUUCUCACCUGGGCAAAGAAGUAUGAGCUGAAGGUGGACAUGGAGGACUUUGUGGGGGGGCAAGUCCAUGCCCGAUACUCCACCUUCUCCAUCGAUCCCGAGUCAGCUGGGUACAAGCUGCAUGUUGGUGGCUACAUCGAUGGAGGAUCAGGUGACAGCUUGAGCUACCACAACGACAUGCUCUUUUCCACCUUCGACAGAGACCAGGACACCUACUACUAUUACAACUGUGCUGAAAGGUAUCAGUCAGGGUUCUGGUUUAACAGCUGCAUGUACACAAACCCCAAUGCAGUGUAUGCAUGGGGACCCACGUAUACCUAUGAGACCGGCAUCCAGUGGGGUACAUGGAAGAGCUAUUACUCCCUGAAGACCUUCACCAUGAAGAUCAGACCCUUGUCUCUGGAUGAGGCGGAGGAGUAGGAGGAGCUUCUCUCCUGUCCCGCCCCCUUCUUCAGCCUUCCAGCCUAUCGGUUAAUGUAAUGUCGCACAGGUCACCAUGUAGCAUUCACAAUACCAGUCAAAAAUCUGGACACACUUUUCUUUCCUUAUUUUUACUAUUUUCCACAUUUUA